AUGAUAUCCAACUUUAUGUUUGGUCUAAAACCAGAGUUAGAAAAUAGACUGGCAGUCGGGAACUACGAGAGUCUCACCGAGCUAGUGGAAAACGCUGUGAAUGUGGAGAUCGGAUUGGAAGCUGAGAAGGCGGCAAGUAAGAAAUCUAAGCAGCAUCAAGAAGGAAAGUAUGGUGGAAACCAAAGAUCAUUUAAGGGUAAAGACAAGGAAAAGGAACCGGGAGGGCCCAAUCGACGAUCUCUGUUCACAGGAAAAUACUUUAAUUGUGGCAAGAUAGGCCAUAAAUCAAGUAAAUGCUACGGGAAGAAACCUGGAUCCUUUCAGUCAAACUCCUACAAUCCUACAUGCUACACGUGUGGAAAGAAAGGACACAUCUCUACCCAGUGCAGCGUCAAUCCUCCUAUCCCAGCUACGCCAAUCGCUGUUCAUCCUCCCCCAGCUCCAUCUGCAAUCGCACCAGCGCCAAAAAGGCAAGCUAUAGGAGGUAGAGUUUACACUUUAGAACUAGAGGAUACUAAACCUCCAGGCCCAUCUAAGGGUCCCAUCACAGGAAUUUUACAUGUUGCGGGACGUCCCACACAUGUAUUGUUCGACUCGGGGGCAACACAUUGCUUGGUGGCCCCUGAGGUAGCUGCCGAGUUUGUGGGUUCAUUUGUGAUUGACAGGAUGGAUGUGGCUGUGAUGAUUCCCGGAGACCAAACCCUCCAAGCAAAAGAGUGCCUCAGAAGAGCUCU